AUGACGGUAAACCUAAAGUCGUGCGUCAACGAGGUCGGGCUGACAUCCUUCUACCACACCACGCGGGACGUCAAGUUAAUAUGCCUCCUACGGUCGACCCGAAUGUUUGGCUACGGGGCCUUGACCCUGGUUUUAGCCACGUUUUUACGAGAACUGCACAUAUCCCCCACCGGGAUCGGCUUCUUCAUGACCCUGACCUUGACCGGCGAUGUGAUUCUUAGCUUUUUCCUCGCGUUAUUUGCCGAUAGUUUGGGUCGGCGGGCUGUUCUGGGGUUUGGCGCUAGCCUCAUCAUCGUCAGCGGCGUGGCCUUUGCACUUUCUAGUAAUUACUGGGUGCUCCUAGGCGCGGCUAUCCUUGGCAUUCUGAGUCCCAAUGGCGGCGAGACGGGGCCUUUCCGAGCGAUCGAGGAAAGUACGGUAGCGCAUCUAACGGAUUCCUCCAAACGAAGCGAUAUUUACGCCUGGUAUAAUGUGUCGGGGACCAUCGGAUCGGCGAUCGGCAUGAUAACCUGCGGCUGGGUUAUCCAGUACCUCCGCGUUUCCCUGGGUUGGCCUUUACUCGACAGCUACAGGGUGAUGUUUUGCGGCUAUGCCGCGAUCGGCGUGGUCAAGAUCUUUCUUGUCUCCAGGCUCACCCAAGAAGUGGAGCUCCGGGCUGGACCGCGCGAGUCGGCGCGGUCGUCGUCGGGCUCGACUGUCGCCGAGGCGGCGCCGUUGCUGGGCGGUAAUGUGUCUCGUGGCGGGGAAGAUGAGGACCUGGAUAACCUUUAUUUCCGGACAUACCAUGGGCUCGACGAGGGUGCUCUCGGCACGUUGUUCUUUACUUUGAGAACCCUAGCAGCCAUUUCCAUGAUUCUUGCCUCUUCCUUAGCGAAGCGCUUUGGCAAUGUAAAGACCAUGGUUUUCACCCACUUGCCAUCUGCCUUGUUCCUCGCGCUUAUCCCCAUCCCGAGCGACGUGCACCUAUCGAUCACGUUUCUUCUUUUACGGUCUUGUCUUCAGUCCAUGAGCAUCGCUCCCCGAUCAGCGUUUAUCGCCGCCAUGGUGCUGCCGGAAGAGCGAACGGCGCUGAUGGGGAUGGUGAACGUGUGCCAUCAGCAACUCGGCAGCCAUAAUCCGUUCGCCCGGUUCCUACCCCGUAGCAUUGAACGCUUCCUGCCGCAACGGGACUCGAGCCUCGCUUGGCUCGUUUGCACACCCGGCGCAAUGUCCGACACCGUGUCUACCGCAAACGCUCGAUCGCCGACCGCCGACGGUCACCAAAUCUCCGAGAUGAAGGGGACGGGGCUCGAGGUUGGCGAGUUUUCUGACUCGGAAAAAUAUCGAAGCGACCUCGAAGUGGGCGAUGCCGGUCUUGAACGGGCAUUGUCGAGCCGCCAUCUCCAGUUCAUCGCCAUCGGUGGAACGAUCGGCACCGGUCUCUUCCUGGGGCUGGGCAACGCUCUUGCGACUGCCGGGCCCGUGUCUCUCGUCAUCGCCUUUAUUUUCAUCGGAACCGUGGUCUACUCCGUCAUGGUCAGCCUUGGUGAAAUGGCCGCCUACAUGCCGGUGGCCGGCUCCUUUACCGUGUACGCCAACCGUCUCCUGGACCCGGCCCUCGGCUUCUCGCUCGGCUGGAUGUACUGGUUCAGUUGGAACAUCACGUUCGCCCUCGAACUCACAGCUGCCGGUCUCAUCAUUCAGUACUGGCUGGAUACCUUGAGCAUCGCCGUUUGGAUCAUGGUCUUCUGGGUCGUCUUCACCGGGCUCAACUUCAUGCCCGUCCGCUGGUUUGGAGAAAUCGAAAUGUGGUUCUCGAGCAUCAAGGUGGUCACCGUCAUGGGAUUCAUCAUCUUCGCCAUCUGCGUCAACGCCGGCGUCGGCGACGAAGGCUACAUCGGCUUCAAGUACUGGCAGCACCCCGGCCCCUUUGCCGAGUACAUGGUAGAGGGCGCCACUGGCAAAUUCGUCGGGUUUUGGGCCGUGCUUGUCACCGCGGCCUUCACCUUCCAGGGUGCGGAGCUGGUGGGUGUCGGCGCGGGCGAGACCAAGAACCCGGGCAAGAGCAUUCCCUCGGCCAUCCGCUGGACGUUUUGGGGAAUUUUCGUGCUGUUUGUCGCCACUGUUUUCUUCGUGAGCAUCAACUUGCCCUUCGACCUCCCCGAACUCACGAGCGACAAGUCCGACGCGUCCGCCUCGCCCCUCGUCAUCAUCGCUCAACGAGCCGGCGUGCCCGUGUUGGCGCAUAUCCUGAAUGCCGUCCUCCUCACCGCCGUCCUCUCUGCCGCAAACUCCAACGUGUACUCCUGCAGCCGUAUACUCGUUGCCCUCGCCGAAGAGGGACUGGCUCCUAAAUUCGUCAGCCGCACCAACCGAUAUGGUACCCCAUACAUCGCCGUGGCAUUGUGCUCCAUACUCGGCUUGCUCGGCCUCCUCAACCUCUCGCAAAAUGGUACGCAAGUGUUCAACUGGUUGCUCAACAUCAGCUCCACGAGCGCCCUCAUCACCUGGGCCGGUAUCAAUGGGUGCCAUAUCCGAUUCCUCAGCAUCUUGAAGGCGCAGUCGAUUGAUCGCGUGACGCUGCCUUGGCGAGCCCCCUUCAGCCGUGGCUGUCGUGUGGUGUGCCGCACCAAGUUUGUCCCCGUCGCUGAAGCGGAUCUGGCCAUCGGCAGGGUGGUGUAUUGA